GACCAAGUGUAACACGUAAUGGGCAAAAGAAAAGGAGGAGACGACAAGUCGUCUAGGAAAAGAUUCAAGAAUUCAGGUAAACUUCUUGAUCCAAAUACAUCGGGUGUCUAUGCUACUUGUAACAGAAACAAGGAGACGCAAUGUAGGAACGAGUUGAUCAACUUGUUCAAUGAGAAGAUCCCAGAAUAUUUCAACGUUAAUGAAGGAGGAGAAGAAGACGAAGAAGAAGAACAGAAAAAGCUUUCGAUUGAAGAUAAAAUCAAGUUGGAAUUAGCUGAAUUGAAAGAGACCAAGGCAGACUUGUUGAAACCUAUUGAGCUCGAUGUCGAGUGUUUGAUAUUCAUCAAGACCAAAAAACCAGUUAAUCCCGUAGAACUCGUGCAAAGAUUAUGUCAGGAACUGUACGACAGUAAAGUCAAGACUACCAGAUACACGCAAAAGUUGAGUCCCGUCACUGACUCAUGCAGUGCAUCAAAGGAAGAAUUAAAGAACUUGGCUAAACGGGUAUUGGCCCCCCAUUUCCAUAGCGGAGACCAACAACAACCGGUUAAGUUCGCUAUUCAAAUUUCCAAGCGUAAUUUCAACACACUAAAGAAGGACGAGAUGAUCAAGACUAUUGCUGAGUGUAUUGGCCACGACUAUAAUCACAAGGUUGAUUUAAAGGACUACGACAAACUCAUUGUCGUCGAAUGUUACAAGAACAAUAUUGGUAUGAGUGUAGUUGAAAACUACCAAAAGUACAGCAAGUUUAAUUUACAGCAGAUAUUUGAGAAGGAGGAGAAGGAAGUGAAGGAGAAGGAGGAGAAGGAAGUGAAGGAGAAGGAGGAGAAGGAGAAGGAAGUGAAGGAAGAAGGAGGAGAAGGAGAAGGAAGAGAAGGAAGAAAAGGAAGAAAAGUAAUGUCUAUUAGCAUGUAAGUAAUCAGGAUAAUCUUUGUAUAUAAUCGGUCGGUUGCUUCCACGCCAACCAGUCAGCUUCUUUAUGAGGAAUCAAUCCCAUAUUAUAUAAUUUAUAAACACCAAUUGCCAUAUUCAACACUUGGAAAAACACAAACAAUAGUUUUGCCAUGAGUAUAUCCUGUUUAUUCUCUUUUGUCUUUAGCUUCUCAAAUGUUGGCCCUGUCUCAUAGACAAUUGCCUUGAGGGGAUUCACCAACAACAUUAGAGUCAUAGUCAUGGGGAUAAUUUGUAACGAAUUACCAGUAAAAUAGCUCAUUAUCAAAUUCAUGGGUAUGGAUUUGGCAGGUCCAUUGGCUAAUGAGUAUGCCUUUUUGGUUUUCAAUAUGCCAACGUCUUCCUUCUUAUGGUGGUGGGCUGUAGUGGUUGUGGCAGUAUUGGUGGUGUCACUGCCUGGCGGUGAUUGUAUAGCUUGCUUUGGAGGUAUCACUAUAGUUGGCUUUGUUAUUUCCGAGUAGUCCAUGAUGAUGAUGAUGAUGAUGAUGAUGAUGACGACGAGGACGAGGACGACGAUUUGCUGUCAGCAUACAAUAGAAAGUAAAACAAACUAAGGAGUUAAAUUUCCGC